UAUUAAUCCCUUUAAUAAUUAAGUUAAUUUGUUAAAAUGUUAAUGAAAUUGACUGGAAUCUCAUUAAUCACUUCGUUCUCUUAUAUUAGGAACUCAGUCCCACUUAAAAACACCUUUACAGCCUUCCACACUCUUAAUACCCGUAACGGUAUCAAAAGUGCUAAAACUCCUGACAGAAUUAGCAGUUUAAAGAGUGUGAAUGGAGUGAGGAACUAUAGUAGUUCGGAAGGUUUAAAUAACACAGUAACCUCAUCACUAAUUGGCAAAUUAAUGCCUUCAUUUAAAGGAACGGCAUUACUUGGCGACGAUUUAGUACAGUUUAACUCUUCGGAUUAUUUUAAGGAUUCCUAUGGCCUAUUGGUCUUUUAUCCAUUGGAUUUUACCUUUGUCUGUCCAUCUGAACUUUUGGGCUUUUCAGAACGGCUAAAGGAGUUUGAGGAGAGGCAUGUGAAGGUUCUGGGUGUAUCCGUCGAUUCUCCCUUUAGUCACAAGGCCUGGAAGGAGUUGGACGUUCGCCAGGGUGGCGUUUCACCUCUCAAGUUCCCCCUCUUCUCUGACUUGAGUCGUGAGGUUUCCAGCUCUUUUGGUCUACUCCGUGACGAGGGGUUCUCUCACAGAGCCUCAGUUCUCGUCGACAAGGCCGGUGUUGUAAAACACGUGGCCAUGUACGAACUUGGACUAGGCAGGUCAGUGGAUGAAACUCUCAGGUUAUUUGACGCAGUUCAGUUCGCAGAGAAGACUGGAAAUGUCUGCCCAGUUAACUGGAAACAAGGCGAUCAAGCCAUGAAACCUGAUUCACAAUCAGUUAAACAAUACCUCUCAAAUCGUUUCAACUAAUCUAUUACCAUACUA